AUGGCAAGUGUGAUCAUGGCCCCAACUUUCUGCUCAAUCUCAGUCAGAAGAAGCGGCAAAGAUUGGAGCGAGCGCAGUAGUACUAACGGGCAACAUCGUGGUAUGAAAUUGAAGGCAAUGCGGAUAGAGAAACCUCUGGAGGAAUUGUACCAAGUGAGAGUCGAGAGAAAGGUGUCACAGGAGAGACUAGCAGAGCUUGGAGUCUCCAGAUGGUCAAUGUGGAAGACGGGCAAGUGCAAGCUGCCGUGGGACUGGCAGGUCGACCAGCUGGUUUACAUUGAGGAAGGAGAGGUGAGAGUCGUGUCCGAAGGCAGCCGGCAGUACAUGCAAUUCGUGGCUGGGGAUCUUAUUCGUUACCCCAAGUGGUUGGAGGCUGACCUCUGGUUCAACGGUCCUUACCAAGAGCGUUACAGUUUCCGAGCCUUUGGCGAUGAUUAG